AUGACUGCGCUGGAGCCAACAGCGUUAUGGCUUCCAGACGAGAUCCUCUUCAAUAUCUUGUCCAUGCUGCAGGAUAGUGACAAUAUUGAUGCAAUCUCUACCAAAGAAGCAAACAUAACCCUCUUCAAUGCGUGCUUGGCAUCAAGGCGACUCGAAAGCCUUGCUCAGAGAGUCCUGUAUCGCCGCAUAGAUGCACGCUCAUCAAAGUGUCUUCUAACGCUAGGCCAAAAUCAUCAUCUGUGUCGUCUGGUUCGAGAGCUAUAUUGCCCUUAUGAUACGGAAGUGGUCAAUGCCUUGCUACACCCACACUUUCGAAAUUACAUAUGGCUCCCAUCUUCAUGGACCGUCCGUUUUCCGGGUUGGCUCAAAACUGAACAUGGUCGACAGGAAUACUACGACCAGGCAACAACCUUCUGGAUGCAGAGACUACCCAACCUCAAUAGACUCACUAUCAGUCUGAACUACGGCAUGAAAACUUUGGCGAAAUUGGUCCAUAAGAGUUUGAACGGGCAGCCAAGGCGAUUCCCACGGUUGACGAGAAUCGACUUCAAGCUUAGUCCAAGCGGUCUACCAACAUGCAUCCAGCCGAGUUUGAUUCUAUUCCAGCUGCCGUUUCUAAAAACAGUGACCAUCGAUGACAUGCAAUUCAUUGCUAGAACCAACAGUGGGGACUUGGAAAUGCCAAAGAAUGCCUGCAAGCGACUUGAAAGGCUUGACGCCGACUUUUCAUGGAUCACACCAGGUAGCUUGCGAAAUCUGCUGUCAGUCUGCGAGAGUCUUCGAUUCCUGGACAUCAAGGUCGUAACCAUGUUAUCAACAACGUGUGACCCCUUCAAAUACUGCUUCGGCGACUGGAUUCAGCACUGCCAUGCCUUGGAGAGUCUUGACAUUCAGAUCAAGGCAUCUAGGCGGUGGACAGACGGGUUGACUGGUGGGAGGGAGGUCCAGGAGCACACAUGGGCUGCAAACAAUAUCGGAUCACUCCAGAACUUGACUCUUCUCAAGAGGUUCUCCUUGAGUGUGGAGCUUCGUCAUUUGACGAUGCCACCAGGACCCUCCGUUCCUACUCCCAGUCCGGCAAAGCUUGACUUUGAGCUUAUGCUUCCAACCUCAAUUGAGCAGUUUGAGAUCAGGAAGAUCGGCAUUCCAAACUACAAGGCCUUUGUGAGGAACAUACGUGAACUCCUCCAGUCACAGAGACUGGAGAAUUUGUAUCAUGUAUCCUUGGCAGCGAACAUGAAGCCACACCAUCUCGCACAACCGGGCUGGGAGGUGCGAUUGCGUGAGCCCCGCCAGUCUAACAAGGUCAUUCACCUGGUGCACGAAGACCGCAAGAAGAGAGUUCGAUCCUCAUAUCAUGAGUAG